UGUUGAGAGCUCAGGAGAAGGAGCGCAUGUAAACAUGGCGCCAGUGGCGUCAGCUCAAGCGGAUCUGUGCCACUGUUUGGUCCAAAGCGCAGCCUGAACGCGCGCACAGGACACUGAAACAUGUCCCAAGUGAAGCUGAAGCGGGAGCCGAAAGAGCCGAAGGAGGAUUGGGACAAGAGUGUGUUAAGUGAGGUGAAAGAGGAUCCAGACUGCACAGGUGCUCAGGCUUUAGAAGAGCCCAGUUCAGUUCUUCACCACAUUAAAGAAGAACCAGAGGAGGUGAGAAUCAAAUCAGACGUUCUCCAAGAGGUUCCAUACAUUUGGGUAACUGUGAAGAAUGAAGAGGAGAAAGAGGAGUCUAUUGUCCUUCAUCAACCUCUCUCAAUCAGUAAAGAGGAGAGCAGAGUGGACAGGGAGGGAGCAGAGCCAGGUUUAUCCAGCUCCUCCGACACUGAUGACUCUGAAGACUGGACAUCUGAAAGGACUGCUCUACAAACGCACAUGGUGGAGAGCAGGGAGGAGCAUGGGGAAUGCUGUAGUUCUGACUCUGAGUGGAGCUGGGAGUUCAACCUGCCCUCCAAGAACUCAACCAGGGCCAAAACCCAAAUGGAGUCCUCGUACAGGUCCCCUGCAGCCGAGAGCCCACAGAGUGAAGAGCACAAAUGCAACCAGUGUGGGAAGGUCUUUCCAUAUGGAGCCAGGCUAAGAAAACAUGAACUGACUCACAUGCUCAAAUGUCCAGUUUGUGCCAAGGAUUUUACAGAAGUGUGUAAUUUAAAGGUACACAUGAAAAUACACACUGGAGAGAGACCAUUCAGGUGUUCAGUUUGUUCAAAGGGCUAUAUACAAAGGAGUCAUCUAAAGCAGCACAUGAAAACGCACAUCGGUAAGAGAUUAUUCACAUGUUCUGUCUGCGCACAGAAUUUUACAACCAACAACAAGCUGAGAGUCCACAUGACCGCUCAUACAGGAGAGAAGCCAUUCAGGUGUUCACUGUGUGUCAAAAGUUUUACAGUGCACGGCGCGUUAAAACAACACAUGAUGACACACACAGGAGAGAAGCCCUUUAAAUGUGAUUAUUGCUCCAAGGAAUUUAGAUCUCAAGGGGAUCUAAAUCGACAUGUACGUACCCACACAGGGGAGAAACCUUUCAAAUGUUCAGUUUGUGCCAAGGACUUUAGAGUGCAGAGUGAUUUGAAGCGACAUAUGAAGACCCACACAUUCAGCUGUUCAUCCUGUGCUAAGGGUUUUGCAAAAGACAGACAGCUGAAAGAGCAUAUGAAAACUCACAGUAAGGACAGAGCUUUUGUGUGUAGUUUCUGUGCUAAGAGUUACUCACAAAUGGGUAAUCUGAAGAUACACAUGAGGAUUCACACGGGAGAGAGGCCUUUCAGGUGUUCAGUUUGUGCACGCGAUUUUCCACAGAAGAGCUCUCUCAAACGACACAUGAGCAUGCACACGGCCCAGAAACCAUUCAGGUGCUCAGUUUGUCCAAGUGACUUCAGAAUCAAACGUGAGCUAAUGGAUCAUACAAGGACUCACUCAGAGGAGAAGUCAUUCAGCUGUUCAGUUUGUAAAAAAGAUGUUUCUGAAAUAAAUAAGGAAUCCCAUUAGAAUCCACAAUGUCAUCUUAUUCAGUCACAAUUAAAAAUCCUUGUAUAUA